AUGUACUUCCUCCACGGCGGCCACAAGCGGUGGCUCUCAGCCUUCACGGUAACCACCGGCUUUCCAAUCCUAAUCCUCCCCAUCGCCGUCUCCUACAAACGCCACCGUUUCCUCAUCACUACCCGGCUCGCUGCCGCGAGUGGGCUUUUGGGCCUCUUAUUGGGCUUCAACAGUUACCUCUACUCCUUCGGCACCGCCUACCUCCCCGUCUCCGUCGCUUCCCUCGUCGGCUCUUCCCAGCUGGCAUUCACCGCCGCCUUCGCUUUCCUCAUAGUGAAGCAGCGGUUCAACCACUACACCGUGAACGCCGUCGUUUUGAUGACGCUGGGCUCGGCGGUCCUCGGAUUCCACAUGGACGGCGACAUCCCCAAGGGGGAAUCAAAGGGUAAAUAUGCAUUGGGCUUCUUCAUGACCAUUGCCGCCUCUGCCACGCAUGCUCUGUUCAUGACUCUGCUUCAGUAUACUCAGGGGAAGGCUCGUGUCCCCGUCGAUUACGUCGUCGUGUUGCAGGUUCAGCUCGUCAUAUCCAUGGUUGCUACCCUCUUCUGCGUCGUCCCCAUGAUCAUCAAUGGUGACUUUCAGAAUCUAGCCAGGGAAGCAGCAGAAUUCCGCCUCGGGGAGAAGAAGUACUACAUGAUUGUAGUACUAGCAGCCAUUGGACUUCAGGUUAUGAUAAUUGGGAGCCUUGGAUUGGUUCUGUGUUCUUCGUCCCUAGUAGACCUUAGAUGCGCUUUAUACUUUUUGUCAAUGUUUUUAAUUUCCAACAACACAAACUGCAGAAAUGCAAUGUAA